AUGUGUUUAAAAUGCAUUUUUAACAUUUUUUUUAAAUACUACAAAAAUGGGAGAACUCGUGCUGGGAUAAAUUUCCUAGCAUCUGAUGCAGCAAAAGGAAUUUCGUAUCUUCAUGAUAAUGUAAUAUUACACAGAGACAUUAAACCAGACUACAUACUUGUAAAUAAUAACUUGUUAAUGACAAAUAUGACAUUUACAAAAUGUGUUGGAACUCCAAAAUAUAUGGCACCUGAGGUGUUGAACAAAAAGAAGUACACAAAAAGCGCAGAUGUGUACUCGUUUGGUGUAUCUUUGUUUGAAUGUGCUAUAUGGAAAGACCCAUAUUUGGAUAAACAAUUUAAAUUUGCAUGGGAUAUAGUCGACUGUGUUGUGAGUGGAAAACGCCUAAAAAGGCCGUCUUACUUGAACGAAGACAUAUACAACAUUGUGGACGAUAUGUGGUGUCAAGACGUACACAAAAGAAUAAACGUGAGAGAUGUAAUAUUGAAACUAGAAAGCAUUAACAUUUAA